UUAUUAUUUAAAUGUAAUUUAUUAGGGACAAAUUUAAUUGAUAAUAACUGAGACAUUAAUAAAGUUACAAAAGAUAUCCAGUUCAAAUAAAUGCUAUAUAAAUGUAUCAUAGUUCCACUGAAAGUUAUUUUAAAGUUGCCGUAUUCAAAGGGGCAUCUGGCGCCUCCUCCCUGAUUGUGCGCCAGGGACGUCAUGGGGUCUUUCAUAUCGGCCCCUGAAGUAGAGCAGAAGUGUCUUUGUUUGGUGCCACUGAAAUGUGCAGGCUGUGUCACUCCGGAUGCUCUUCAGACGGAAGCUGGCUCGUGAGCAGCAGAAUCAGACAUGGGCUGCACACCGUCCAAAUCCAACAUCACCUACUCGCACGUGCGCGUGAGUCGAGAUCUGGACACCUGUUCCACGUUUGUGCCCAGUUUAAAGAGCUCCGUUUCCACGCCAGAGAGGCCUUCGCCUCAGCUCUGCAUCGAGACGGCCAGCGGGAAGCAAACGUUUCUCAGUGUUCCUAGUCGUGACUGUUUCGGUCGUUCCGUGAGUCAGCCCAGCAGUCCUAGCGUAUGGAGCACAGUCAGCACCGGCAGCCCGUUCGGACCGGAUCCAGCGUGCGUCCAGCCGAGCUGCACCGACAGCGACUCCGAGGACGACAGCGCGGCUCCCGCCACUACACGAUGACUCUCGUGUCCCCUUCACCUUGCUGAAAUCAAGAGAUUUAUUUUACUUAAGUAAUAUAUUAAAGUUUAACUCUCUAGUAUCUAAAGAUGAACCAAAUAUACAAUGCCCAAACAACCAUAUUCUAUUUAUUUAACCUUUUAAAAUAAUGUAGCACCGCUUCGUAAAUAUGUUUUGUUUUAUAAACGAAAUGCACCGAGACAUAUUUCUGUUGACACGACAAGAGAAUAAACGCUAACGCGCAAGCAUCGCGGUAUUUGGGUGAAUUCCCGCGAGAGUUUGCGGAUUUCGGACAGCGAAGAGGGCGAAAUGGAGAUAUGAGGUCUGAAAAGGAGCAGAGGACAGGAAGCAGGGAGAGAGGCAGCGUGGAGAUCCAGUUCAGGGAGUGUCAGAGGGAGCAGGAAAACGUCGCGGUGAACCCCAAGCACAAGGAGGAGAAAAAGGAGAUCUUCACGAAGGUUGUCAUACGCAGACUGCCACCCAGUUUAUCAAAAGACCAGCUUGAAGAGCAUCUGAGUCCUCUUCCAUCUUUUGACUACUUUGAGUUCUUCCCCGCUGAUCAGAGCUUAUACCCGCAUCUCUUCUCAAGAGCAUACAUCAACUUUAAAAACCCAGAGGAUAUCAUUAUUUUCAGAGAUCGGUUUGACGGCUAUGUAUUCAUUGACAAUAAAGGCCAAGAGUAUCCAGCUGUUGUAGAAUUUGCUCCAUUUCAGAAGGUUUCCAAGAAAAAGUUGAAGAAGAAAGAUGCUAAAGCAGGAACAAUUGAAGAAGACCCAGAAUAUAGGCGAUUUCUGGAAAAUUACUCUUGUGAUGAGGAGAAAUCAAUGGCAAAUCCAGAAACACUCCUGGGAGAGAUUGAAGCUAAAACCAGAGAACUCAUAGCGAAAAGGACAACGCCUUUGCUGGAAUACAUCAAAAACAAGAAAUUAGAGAAACAGAGAAUAAGAGAGGAAAAAAGAGAGGAGAGGCGAAGGAGGGAACUGGAAAAGAAGCGACAGAGGGAGGAGGAGAAGAGGAAGCGCAGAGAAGAGGAGAGACGAAAGCGAAAGGAGGCUGAAAAGCAGAAGAAGCUCUCUGAAAAGGAGAUCAAGAUCAAGCUUUUGAAGAAAUGUGAUCGUGAUGAUGACGUGGACUCAGACAGACUGAAAGAUAAAGGAGACAGUGGAGAGAUGGAGAAGAACAGAUGGGAAAAGCCAGCAGGACACACUAAGUCAAAGGAUUCCAAGGAUAAUAGGAGUCAAAUCGAGAGUGACAAGGAGCAGCGGGAAAGUCACGGCCGUCGACAAAGGGACAAAGAGCAUCGCGGCAGAGACGAGGAAUGCAAGCGACAGAGGCAUCACUACGAGUUUGACAAAUUUAUGCGACGCAAAGAGGAGACCAAAUGGGGUAAAGGCUACUGCCAGGACAGAGCCAAGAAAGACCAACAUCAUGGAUAUUCUUACUGCCCAGAGACCGGAGACAAACUGGGCAAGGAGGAUCGAGAGGACAUGGGCAGCAGGAAAGAACGGAUUCGCAAUAAGUCUGUGUUAGUGCAUCAGGAGAAAAGGACUUCCCAGUCUGAGGGGCCAGACCAGAUAGGAGGGGCUCUGCCAGCAAAGGACCGACCGGCAAUGCAGCUGUACCAACCUGGUGCUAGAAACCGAAAGCGGAUGGGCUCCGGGAACAAGACGUUUGACUUCCCACCGAUCUCUCCCGAACACGGAGGGGAACACUGCUACAAGACGGUCAUUGGCACAGGCUCAGAGAAGAGUGUCGACGAGUGAAAAAAAAAAAAAAAAAAAAAACCAAGACAGGAAGAAGUUUACUUUCAGAAGCAAGGGUCAUGCCUGUAUAGAAAGAACAGUCAAGAUCAACCUUGUUUUCUGUCUCGCUGAGUCUAAGUGUGAGUAUAGUGCAUUGAAAUCCCCUCUUAAUAUUUUACACACAACGUCAGCAGUGUCAUAAAUCUAAAAUGAUCAGCUUCUGUAUGCUUAUCAAGGGUUCACAUCACUUCAUUGACAACAAUACCUCAGAUCAGAUUUGUAUGCCUUUUGUAGUGCAAGAAAUGGUUUCCGUUAAAAACAAAUAAAUAUAAAAAUAAAUAUAUAUAAAGAUUUUACUGUAAAGAAAGCAGUAUGUGUUGUGAAAUCUGUAUUUUAAAUAUAUUUAAUGGGGAACGGGGAACAGAGACAUAUUUUUUGUUUAGGAAUAUAAAAACGCUACAUUGUAUUAAUGAAACGUUUAAGCAUGCGAUUCUUAAUUUUACACUUUUUACAUUGUAAUGCCUUUGAAUGAUGCCUCUAUUGUCCCCGAUGUACAGACAUUGUGGUUUUUCUGUAUUAACAAAUACAUCUCACAACAGGAUAUAGUAAAUGUCAGAGCAUCGUUUUACUUGCGGGCCAAUAAGAACAAAAUUGUUUGUUAAAAUUGUCUUCUGUUAGGUCAGAUAACAUUUUUGUGAUAUUUCUGAACAGUGUGCAUGAAGUUUCGGUCAUUCGGUGGUGGGAGGCUACAUGGGGUCACAUGCCUUACCUUUGAUUUGCACUUAAAGAUCCCGUCUGUUAUUCAAAUAACCCACAGGUUUUUAGAAUUUUUUGUUGAGUCCCACAAAAAGUGAACUCUGUAGAAUACUUUAAAAAACGUGAUACUGUAUUUGAUGGAUUAACCAUUUGUGUACAAUAAAGAUAUAUGAUUAUAUAAAGUA